AUGACGCCGGCCGUUGUCAAGCUCGAGGUCCUCGCUGCCGUGGACCAACGGCGGUCGCAGCGCGAAAAGUUCAUCGAGAUUCUUGCCUGUGCCUACGACUUGCACGCGACGGCUCGACUUGAAAGCGUGCGGUUUGGCUUCACCGACGUGAUCCAAAAGGCCAUCGAUCUAUACAACGCGUCGCUCGAGUGCGCGAUCCACGACUUUGUCGAGACGGCGCUGGACCCGGCCAUCUACGACUUCUUUACGGCGGGCACCAUGAUGCCGUCCUUUACCCAGCGCAGUGCUUGA